AUGGCCUUGCAUCAACCGCUUCAAGGGAAUAUCCGUGACGAGAUAGUUCAACACUGGAGUCCAAACAACAGCGCGGACUUACCACCCCGAUCACAAAGCCACACUCCCCACCAUCAACACACCAACGGCAACCAAAACCCGACACCUCCGCUGUCAGAAGAAGACGAGAAGCUAUGGCGGGACCAAGAGCUCAAUGCCAGGAUCAUGCACAAUGUAGAGGAAUACGGCAUAACUCGACCAAAAGGCCACAAGGUCUCCUUCCACUACAACAGCACAGUCGAAGACAUGCACUUUGGCAAAACGCAUCCCAUGAAGCCCUGGCGUCUGACUCUCACCAAGCAUCUCGUGCUCGGCUAUGGCCUGCAAUACGCCAUGGACACGUACGAAGCGGUAGCAGCCGGUAUCGACCAGGUCCGCACCUUUCACGAUCCAGACUACGUCGAGUUCCUGUCCCAAGUCAGUCCUCAGACCUUCGACAAAUUAUGCCAAGUCCCACGCUUUCGGAACCACGUUCCCGCCAAGCACGAGGGCGAUAGCGUCGAUCUCGGACCCUUCAACCUGUCUACCAGCCCGGGAGCGGAUUGUCCAGUCUUCGACGGCAUGUCCAAGUACUUGUUUCUGUAUACUGGAGCAACACUGGCGGCCACAAAUCAGCUUACGACUAAUCAGAGCGAUAUAGCCAUAAACUGGUCUGGUGGAUUGCAUCACGCGCACAAAUCCGAAGCGAGCGGUUUCUGCUAUAUCAACGACAUCGUCUUAUCAAUAAUAGACAUGCUACGGAUAUAUCCUCGCGUGCUAUACAUCGACAUCGACGUCCACCACGGUGACGGCGUAGAGGAAGCUUUUCAGCGCCAGCCUCGCGUCAUGACGCUCUCGUACCACCGCUACGGGCCCUACGAUGACACAGGCCAUAAGUUCUUUCCCGGAACUGGCGAUCUCUCGGAUGUAGGACUCAAGGGCACCGUAGGCGAGCAUUUCGCCUUGAACGUACCCAUCGGCAGCGGUAUAGACGAUAGACAGUACAGAUAUCUCUUUGAAUCCGUAACAGGAAAAGCAAUCGAUGCUUUCAAACCUAGCGCGAUUGUGCUGCAAUGUGGAGCCGAUAGCCUAGGAGGCGACAGAUUGGGCCAAUUCAACAUCAACAUAAAACAACAUGGUGAAUGCGUCAACUUCGUCAAGAAGACCGGACUGCCACUUCUGAUCCUUGGUGGAGGAGGAUAUACGGCCCGCAAUGUCGCCAGAGCAUGGUGCCACGAGACCGCACUCGCCACAAACAACGGUGCCCACCUCUCCGACAAAAUCCCUCUCGACCUCGUGCCCCGCCCUGAAGCCUUCAUGGGCCGCGCACACGGAGAUGGACAGCUAUUCCCGAAAUUCCAGAAGGAUCACAGGAAUGAGUGUGUGGAGAGUGAUUUGGAGAUGAAGGUGAAGAAGCUGGAUGAGGAACUGAAGUAUGUGAGGAAUGCUCCUUGGGUGACGAGUAAUCAGCUACCGAGACGCAGUGCGAUGGAGGGGAUCAUGCAGGAUGUGGAUGAGGAGAUGAAGCCGGGACGAGCGGAGAGGGAUAGGCGGUGGCGGGAACGGAACCCGGCUGGGAGAGGGGAGCUGCGGUAG